CUCUGACCCUCGACCCCGCAGCGUCCAUCCUGCUAACCCCGCCCCUCUGCAGAGAGAACGGGAGCCCCAUUCAAACAAACCAAACUCCGCGCCCCGGGAUGCGACAGUAGAAAGACAGAAAGGCGGCAUUAGCAGCUGAAGAAACAAGGAACCACAAACACACACUUUACCUCCAGAAACCAAAUAGCCAGGACCGUCACGCGGACACACACACACACACACACACACAAACACACACACACAGGCAGUCAGAGACACACACUCUUAGCAGCUAGCAGGAGGCUAACAGCUAACAGCACCAGACAUGGCGAGCGCCUCGUACCACAUCUCCAACCUGCUGGAGAAAAUGACUUCCAGCGACAAGGACUUCAGAUUUAUGGCCACCAACGACCUGAUGACGGAGCUGCAGAAAGAUUCAAUCAAACUGGACGACGACAGCGAGAGGAAGGUGGUGAGGAUGAUUCUCAAGCUGCUGGAAGACAAGAACGGAGAAGUUCAGAAUCUGGCCGUCAAAUGCCUGGGGCCCCUGGUGAGUAAGGUAAAGGAGUACCAGGUGGAGACCAUCGUGGACACUCUGUGCACCAACAUGCUGUCGGACAAAGAACAGCUCCGAGACAUUUCCUCCAUCGGACUCAAGACCGUGAUCGGAGAGUUACCGCCCGCCUCCAGCGGCUCUGCCCUCGCUGCCAGCGCUGUAAGAAGAUAACGGGUCGCCUGACGAGCCCAUCGCCAAACAGGAGACGUGUCUGUCCAGCUGGAGGCGCUGGCAAUCAUGGCUGCAUGCUCUGCAGACAGGGAGGCCUGCUGGUGAACUUCCAUCCCUCCAUCCUGAGCUGUCUGCUCCCCCAGCUCACCUCCCCCAGAUUGGCUGUCAGGAAGAGGACCAUCAUGGCUCUGGGCCACCUGGUCAUGUCCUGUGGGAACCUGGUCUUCAUCGAUCUGAUCGAGCACCUCCUGACCGAGCUGGGCCGGAACGACAACAUGUCGACGACCAGAACCUACAUCCAGUGCACGGCCGCCAUCAGCAGACAGGCAGGGC